CGACGAUCGGCCGGAUUCAAUUUGAGUUUGUUUUUAUUCUUGAGCGGCGCGAGGCAUUUAGCGACAAACACUGUCACGCGCGCAAAUCGCGGUGUAGUUCUGACCAUCAAUUUUGCAAUAAUUGAAUUUCAUCUGUCGAGAGCUGUUGGAAGAGAAAUGAAAUCAAAACGUAAAUGGGAGCAGGACUAUAGAGCGCCGCCAUAUUGAUAGGCCGAUAGUGUUGAGUGAGCGCCGCCAUUUUUAAACGAGAGGAAUAAUCGAGAUAGCUUAUUUGAUCGAUGUUUUCGAUUUUGAGUUUGAACAUUGGUCGAUGUUUUCGAAUAGGAGUUUGAUGAUGAACGACAGUUCACAGUUUUCAGUUAAAAUAAAUUCACAGUUCAUAGUUCAGUUAAAAAUAUUUGAGAGCAACAUGCAGCUAACAAAAGAGGAUUUAACAUCCAAUAAAGUCAUUGAAGAAUUCGAGAUUGGAGACAACACAGCACUCAUAUACUAAUAUUGGUGAAAUUGUUUAUUGAAUUGACGCAUGCGUGUACUAUGACGGCGGACAUUGGCUUAUCGGCGUCUCAGUCAGAGACCCACCGCCAUCUAGUAAAGUAAAGUGACGGCGGACAACCCCUGUGUUGCGUUGCAGGUCAUAACCUGCAAUGUAAUCAUCUGAUUGUUUUAUUUUUAUUGUCAAGAUAUUCGAAAAACAAAAUGUUAUUGCAUUAAGUUUUUUGUUGAUAAAAAUUUGCUUUACGAAUGCAGAAAGAUUAAGACUAUAUAUCACAAUUAAAAGUCACAUAAUCAAUUAGAAUAUUGUAAUAUUUUGCUGCACUGUACAUUUAAGUUUAAUAUUAUCACAGCCAUAUAAAAUACGCUGCAUAAAAUUUUAGUUACUGAAAAUUAAAUAUUGAGAACAACGAAAAAUGACUUGGAAUCCCAGAAAGAAAUACUUUAUGCAAAAACCUACACCUGCACAACCAUGUCUAACUGAAGAGGAAGAUAGAGAAUUACUUAUUGCCGUUCAAAGAAUUAUACAUACCGAAAGCACUGUUAGAAAUAUGAUUAAAGAAAUGAAGAGGUAUUUGGAAGCAAUUGAACAAUUGGAUAAAUCAGAUCAACGCUUAACUACAAAUUUGAGUUCUUGUGGUUUGGUUCAUAUACAUGAUGACUUUCGACAUAUAAUUGAGGACUAUCAUUCCGUGACAACUCAAGUUGGUAGAACAGUGGCAGAUAGAAUUUCACAUUGUAAUAAGACUUUCAUUGAACCUCUAAAGAAGUUGAGAGAUGAAUUUAUAUACAUUAAAGAAGCUUUAACUAAAAGAGAGGAACUAGUGAUUAAUUGGAGAGUUGCAUAUACCAAUUUAAAAAAAUAUCAAGAAAAACGAGAAAAAACAGCAACUCAUAUUGUGAAACUUGAAAGAGAACGCAAAUCAGAAGAGCAAGCAUCGAAAGAAUUGAAAAUUUAUCAUUCAAGAUUACUUACUGAAUUGCCAAUGUUUCUUGAAAAAAGACUUGAAUAUUUGAAACCUACAGUACAUGCACUUAUAGCUAUCCAGUUGGAAUAUUAUGGAAAUUCAACAAAAAUGUUUACUCAACUAAUGCCUGUACCUAAUGCAUCAGAAUCACCAACAAGUGCUAUGGUUUCAGAUGAAGAGUAUAAUCAUACAAUCAAUAGUUACUUUAACAAAAUUAGAAAUCUUACAAUCAUUAAGAAAUGAGUCAUCAAUUCUAAAGCUUGAUAUCAAUUUUAAAUGUUCAAGAGAGCUUAUCAAAAACCAAAAUGUAUAAAGUAUUUUUUGUGAAACAGUAUUUAAAAAGUCUACCCUAUAAGAAAUUAUUGAGUCAUUGGUAGUUUAUUUUAUUUAAAUUAUUUAUUUUUAUAGAAAAUUUUAGAUUUGCCAAAUUUAAAAAAUCAAAUUCGAAUCAAUUCUAUUUUUAAAAUUUGUCAGAAGAAACAGUUUAUUCUACCAAAGAAGUAAAACCACUAUUAACUAUGUUUUCCAGUUAACUAUUUCAAAAUAGGAUUCCAAUUCAGUUUCGCUUAAUAUUUAACGUAUAUUUUAAUGCGUCAUUAUUAUGAAAAGAAAAUAAUUUAUUUUUCUAUAAACUAUUUAUUAAAAGUACAAUCAAAUCGUUUUAUAAAAUAUAUUUUGUAAUAUUUGUUAGUUUCAUUAGUAAUUUUUAAAAUAACGACUUUCUACCGUAAACGAACCAAAAGAAAGAAUUCUGCGCUAUAUCUAUAUUGUAUAUACCGAUACGUUCCAUUAACGAGUAUACACGCGCUUAUUCGUUGGAUCUAUAUAUCGGUAUAAUUGUUGUUAUCAGUUAAGUUUUAAUAAAAUUAUUUUUGGAUAAAAGGUAUACAUUUCUUAAUUCAUUCAAUAGUACUUUAUAUAAGAUAUUCUUAGAAAAUGAAU